CGGAGCUGGUGUUCCAUUUGUGAACCUGUUGUGAAGUUUAUUCAGCAGGUUGCACAUUCUAGGAGCUGCAUUCAGACGUCAUGGCUGCCGCUUGCAUCAAAACCAGUCUCUCUGCAUCCCAGCUGACUGCCCCUGCAAAUUCAUCUUUUGAUCGAAAUGGCAGCAGUGCUCCCCAACCGAUCACAUUCCUCCAAGCUAGAAGCGCGGUGCCUAGCUGCAGGCAAUUGUGCUCUGCAAACAAGAGGCCAGCAGGCCUUGGGCUAGGCGCAAUCGGAGGUCUGCGUUCAGAUCCCUCUGAACUAAACAGAUUCAGACCCCUCCAAAGAAGGUGCAGGCCCGUCUCAGCGGCGCGCGUCACAGCGGCCAUUCCUUUCCUUCCACCAGCUUUCGGAUAUGUGGCGUUGACGGCCGCAGCCAGCUUGAUGCUUGUGCAGUGGCAAAUGUUCCAGGUGGCGCAGCAAAGGAGGAAGUCGGGGGUUGUUUAUCCUGCGAUCUACGAGGACAAAGAGGACUCUGUCUUCAACUGCUACCAGCGCGCUCAUCAAAACACCCUAGAGUCGUAUCCGGCUUUCCUGGCCUUCCUACUCCUCUCUGGGUCCGCAUACCCGAUCACGGCCAGCGUGCUUGGAGCUGUUUGGAUUAUUGGUCGCCUGUUCUACUCACUAGGGUACUAUACGGGCAACCCCAACAAUCGUCACAGGGGUUCGUUCCAUUGGUUUGCAUUCUGGGGUCUUGGCAUCGCGUCAAUAGUGCUUGGGGUAAAGCAGCUCAGAUAUCUUCCUGCAUAAGAGAAGUCACCGAGCAGCAGAUUCUCCUUGAGACAACAUAUUCAAUACAUCCGGUUGCUGUCUGUGAUAACAAGCUUUUUGGGACAAGGUUUGACUUCAUGCCCAAUAUGCGGGCACGCACUAGGGAACAAAUAAUCGACGAGACUGAUCUUUGAUCAAUGCGGCCUACGAGCGUUUACGGGGAGACAUGACUCCGGCCUAGCUCGUGAAGUUUGCCGGUCCAUGUCUGCUGAAUGUGGCCGAUA